GCAAAUGCUUUCUGAAGCCCCUGGUUACCCAACUGCAUAGAGCAUCAGAGAACAGAGAGCGUGGGAAAGCAUGGAUUGAAAAGAACAAGACAUCAAGACUGAAUUCAACCCAAUUGUGAGGACCGUUUUUUACCAUGGAGGAAGGAAACCCAGAUGGCCCAACUCAGCCAGCGGAAAGGUUGCAUUCAAUCUCGAUCAAGAGUCAAUGCUAUGGCUCCAUAAGCGAUGAACCUACAGAGAACCAGUCUUCCUCCACCAACACCAGUGUCGUCUCACCUAGAAGUUCAUAUGUUGCUGUGGCUGUGCUCUGCUAUGUAAAUCUGCUUAACUAUAUGGAUCGCUAUACAAUUGCAGGAGUUUUGCCCAGCCUGCAGAACUACUUUGGGAUCAGCGACAGCACAUCUGGGCUACUGCAGACAGUGUUUAUCUGCAGUUUCAUGCUGUUGGCGCCAGUCUUUGGGUACCUCGGUGACCGGUACAACAGGAAGCGGAUCAUGGUGGCCGGGAUGGUCGUGUGGAUCGCCACAACACUGGGCAGUUCAUUUAUCUCAAAGGAGCAUUUCGGGGUGUUGGUCUUCAUGCGGGCACUGGUUGGCACUGGAGAGGCCAGUUACUGCACCAUUGCUCCGACCAUUAUUGGAGAUCUGUUUAGCGGCUCCAAAAGAACCCUCAUGAUCUCUUUUUUUUAUAUCUUUAUUCCUGUUGGAAGUGGUCUUGGAUAUAUUCUGGCUGCCAAAAUCGCUACUGCUACAGGAGACUGGCGCUGGGCUCUCAGGCUGAACCCAAUCCUGGGUAUACUAGGGUUGCUACUACUUGUUUUUCUGACCCCCAACCCACCUCGAGGAGCCGCCGAAACACACGGAGCAGCAUGCACAGAGCGUACAUCGUAUCUAGAGGACAUCAAGUAUCUGAUUAAAAACCGGAGCUUUGUGUGGUCCUCUUGGGGAGUGACUGCUAUGGCUUUUGUGACUGGAGCUUUGGCCUUCUGGACACCAACGUUUUUAUCCCGCGCUCGAGUCAUUCAGGGAAUCACACCUGCAUGCUCUAAAGAACCAUGUGACCCUUCAGACAGUUACAUCUUCGGUGGAAUCACAGUGGUGACGGGUAUUGCAGGGGUUUUCAUAGGCUCCACCAUAUCCAGGAAGCUGAGAGACAGAGUGGCCAACGCCGAUCCACUCAUCUGUGCCGUGGGCAUGCUCAGUUCUUCACCGUGCUUGUUCAUCGCCAUCACCCUGGCUUCCACCAGCAUUCCUGCCACAUAUACUUUUAUUGCUAUUGGAGAGGUCCUGCUCUCUCUAAACUGGGCCAUUCUCGCCGACAUCCUUCUGUAUGUUGUCAUACCAACCCGACGGGCAACAGCUGAGGCCUUACAAAUUAUGGUUUGCCAUCUGUUUGGUGAUGCGGGAAGUCCGUAUCUCAUUGGUAUUAUAUCUGAUGCUCUGAGUAAACUCGAACCAAAUUCUGCCAGCUGGAGGUUUAGCAGUCUGGAGUACAGUGUCAUGCUUUGCCCCUUUGUUGGUGUUUUGGGAGGUCUCUUCUUCCUCCUUACUGCACUCUAUAUCAAAGCAGACAGGAAAGCUGCCGAGAUCCUGAUGAAAGGAGAGAUAGUAAACCAGGCUGAACCCACCUAAAAGUCAAAGAGAUGCAGGGAGCGCACACACUGACAUUACUGUAGAGCAUUUAAAUAUUGAAAUGGCUUGAAAACUGAAGCACUUCUUUGCAAACAUUGCUUUUAGGCUUUUUGUACAUACUCAAAUUGUUCAUAUUUUAUAACAGUUUUAUUUUACUACGUUGUCUUUGUUCAAGGAUGUAUCAGAUUUUAAUUGUAUGAUUU